AUUACCAAACCCCAACCUAAUUGUUCCUCUCCUUCUCCGCCUCUCUCAUCUCUCAACAGUUUGAAAUUGAAGGUGGGUUUGUGGCCUAUGGGCAGUGGUAGUGGUGAUGAUAUCGUUUCUAUGAAGGAUUAGUUUACAGGGCUGUGAUUUCAUGUUGGUUUGGUGUGGGGGUUUGGUUUUUGACAUUUUGUUCAUAAGAUUACCUACUAAAAUUGCAGCAAGGUUCUUCUUGGUCUGUGGUUUGAUCUACUUUUGUGGUUUAAUUGUUGUGGAAGAUGAUGAUGGUUGGGUCUGCGUCCAUGGAAAGGCAAGGGAUGUGCGACGGUGGUGAGGGAGAAAGAGAGGGAUAAUAACUCUGGGGACCAGAGCUUGGGUUUCUUUGGAAUUUCAACUUUUAUGCAAGGGUACAAUGGGUAUGAAAAAUGGAUUCCUCAUUCCCUCAAUCCUCCGGAAUCCAAAUGCCAUCCAAUUGUUAGGACUCCAAUUCCUCCAAAUCUCGGAAUUGGAUUCCAAAAUUUGGAUGGGACCACUAAAUUUUGAUUUCCCAAAUAUGAUAAGCACCGGAAUAAUUUGUAAUCGAAGUUCAAUUCCGUUUCUCGUUAGGAGUCCAAUUCCUCCAAAUCUCGGAAUUGGAUUCCAAAAUUUGGAUGGGACCCACUAAAUUUUGAUUUCCCAAAUAUGAUAAGCACCGGAAUAAUUUGUAAUCGGAGUUCAAUUCCGUUUCUCGAUGCCGAUUACCUACGUAAACGUGCCCUAAAAACCCAGAACUUUUGAGAGUGUAAACUCAGAGCUUUAGGUCCCGGAAACCCCACAAAUUUACGAUGGAGGAGACCAACACAAAUGAUCUCCAAAGCGCUUCUGUCAGCCUCACGAAACCGAUUCGCUGCAUCGUCAAACUCGAUUGUUACAACACGAUUUUUUGCCUAGUCUAGGAGGUGCAGCAGUUACUUGCAAGAACGAAUUAGAGACAAUAAAUGAAGCAAAUCUCAAGAUGGUUUCGUCGCAGCUGAGGCAAUCAAUGGCUACGGGGUCGCCUUCUGGGGAGGUGCUUGGGAUGGAUUGGAGCAAGCAACCUGGAGAAUCAGAAAUUUCAUCUGCCAUACUUGAUUUUGAACAUCGGCCAGUUGCGGACCCCUGCCCCUUUAUAGUUGUUCAUGGAGCAGGUUCUUUUGGGCAUUUUCAAGCUAGUAAAUCGGGCGUUCAUAAAGGUGGGUUGUACCAACCCCUUGUCAAGGCUGGUUUUGUUGCCACACGCAUCUCCGUUACAAAGCUCAAUCUAGAAAUUGUUAGAGCGUUAGCCAGAGAGGGUAUCCCUUCCAUUGGAAUGUCUCCAUUUUCAUGUGGAUGGUCGACCCGUGAAAGAAAUAUAGCUUCAGCUGAUUUGUCUGCAGUGUCCAAGGCUAUCGAAUCUGGUUUAGUACCUGUUUUGCAUGGAGAUGCUGUGCUCGAUGAGUUACUGGACUGUACCAUAUUGAGUGGAGAUGUCAUCAUUAGUCACCUUGCAGCGCACUUGAAGCCUGACUUUGUUGUUUUUCUCACUGAUGUUUUUGGGGUUUAUGACCGUCCACCGUCGGAACCAAAUGCAGUACUCUUGAGAGAAAUCGCUGUGGCUAAAGAUGGGAGCUGGUCGAUCGUGAGCCCAACACUUGAGAACAUGAAUAAGCAAGUUGAGACAGAAGCAGCAGCCCAUGAUACAACAGGCGGAAUGCUGACCAAGAUAUCGGAAGCUGCCGCGAUUGCAAAACUCGGAAUCGAUGUGUACAUUGUGAAGGCAGCAACAACCCAUGCUUUGAGGGCAUUGAAUGGAGAGUUGAAAGGCAGCAUUCCAGAUGACUGGCUUGGAACGGCAAUCCGGUUUUCGAAUGAAUGAUCGAUCACUUUUGCUGUUAUGAACAAUCGAGGUGUUAAACGUAAACAUUCGGAGACCAACACAAGAAAGAAGUCGGCGUUUGGAGAAGACAUAGAUGUUAACCACUUAUGAUUAUAUGAACUGUCUCGAUACAAGAUCAGACAAUUGAGUGUUUGAGGUAAAAACAAAUUCAUUACCCGCUGCGACAGGCCAGCCAACUCUGGUCGUUUAUGAUUCAUCGGUCCUCAAAACUAGGUAUAUAAUGAGUGGUUUCAAAUUCAGAGGUUAA